CACAGGUAACAACACACUCCUGUACCUAUACCACUGCCUACACCUAACACAGGUAACAACACAGUGCUGUACCUAUACCACUGCCUACACCUAACACAGGUAACAACACAGUGCUGUACCUAUACCACUGCCUACACCUAACACAGGUAACAACACAGUGCUGUACCUAUACCACUGCCUACACCUAACACAGGUAACAACACAGUGCUGUACCUAUACCACUGCCUACACCUAACACAGGUAACAACACAGUGCUGUACCUAUACCACUGCCUACACCUAACACAGGUAACAACACAGUCCUGUACCUAUACCACUGCCUACACCUAACACAGGUAACAACACAGUGCUGUACCUAUACCACUGCCUACACCUAACACAGGUAACAACACAGUGCUGUACCUAUACCACUGCCUACACCUAACACAGGUAACAACACAGUGCUGUACCUAUACCACUGCCUACACCUAACACAGGUAACAACACAGUCCUGUACCUACACCACUGCCUACACCUAACACAGGUAACAACACAGUCAUGUACCUACACCACUGCCUACACCUAACACAGGUAACAACACAGUCCUGUACCUACACCACUGCCUACACCUAACACAGGUAACAACACAGUCCUGUACCUAUACCACUGCCUACACCUAACACAGGUAACAACACAGUCCUGUACCUAUACCACUGCCUACACCUAACACAGGUAACAACACAGUGCUGUACCUAUACCACUGCCUACACCUAACACAGGUAACAACACAGUGCUGUACCUACACCACUGCCUACACCUAACACAGGUAACAACACAGUCCUGUACCUAUACCACUGCCUACACCUAACACAGGUAACAACACAGUCCUGUACCUAUACCACUGCCUACACCUAACACAGGUAACAACACAGUCCUGUACCUACACCACUGCCUACACCUAACACAGGUAACAACACAGUCCUGUACCUACACCACUGCCUACACCUAACACAGGUAACAACACAGUGCUGUACCUAUACCACUGCCUACACCUGACACAGGUAACAACACAGUGCUGUACCUAUACCACUGCCUACACCUGACACAGGUAACAACACAGUGCUGUACCUAUACCACUGCCUACACCUGACACAGGUAACAAUACAUUCCUGUACCUAUACCACUGCUUACACCUAACACAGGUAACAAUACAUUCCUGUACCUACACCACUGCCUACACCUAACACAGGUAACAACACAGUCCUGUACCUACACCAAUGCCUACACCUAACACAGGUAACAACACAGUGCUGUACCUAUACCACUGCCUACACCUGACACAGGUAACAACACACUCCUGUACCUAUACCACUGCCUACACCUAACACAGGUAACAACACACUCCUGUACCUAUACCACUGCCUACACCUAACACAGGUAACAAUAUAUUCCUGUACCUAUACCACUGCCUACACCUAACACAGGUAACAACACAGUCCUGUACCUACACCACUGCCUACACCUAACACAGGUAACAACACACUCCUGUACCUAUACCACUGCCUACACCUAACACAGGUAACAAUAUAUUCCUGUACCUAUACCACUGCCUACACCUAACACAGGUAAAAACACAGUCCUGUACCUACACCACUGCCUACAUCUGACACAGGUAACAAUACACUCCUGUACCUAUACCACUGCCUACACCUAACACAGAAAGUGGUGGCUCCCAGCGUCCUCAGCACAGCCACACAAACGUGUUUAUGGAGGACAGUCGACCAAAGUAUGUGGAGGAUCUGCUCACAGAGGCUCAGCAGGGCUUAAAGCAGCUGCAGCAGGACGAAAACAAAAAUGGAGUGGACUAUCAGGAUGACCAGAGUGUCAUUUCGACCAUGACGGCUCGUACCGACGACGAUGUGAGCUUCAGUGAGCUGAGGAUGUCGGAGUCUGAGAGCACCGCCGCCGAUACCAUCUCAACACGCUCCACCAUCUCCUAUCAGUCCUCACGGUCUGGACUCACACGCCAAGGCUCAACCUUCAGACCACUGAAACAGGAUAAGAAGCCGGGAAAGAGUCGGUCCAAGGGAAAACACAGAAGUACAGUGACGGGAAUACCUCGACAUGUACAGAAAGAACUGGGUCUUGAUCGAGCCGCAUGGACAGCGUCCCAGUUCACUGAUGCUCAACUGACCAAUGGAGGUGUGAUCAUAUCGACAGUGGUUCCCACUCUGGAUAGCAUAUCGAUCGCCUCAGAACAAGGAGCCCAAAUGUAUCUUCGGAACCUGCAAGCUGUUGAGGAGGAUGAACCAGAUCUCCGUCCAGUGGAUAGACAGCAGGAUGACCUUUCACUCAUCCAGCACCUUCUACCCCAGUCUUUGGAUCCACAGAGGCCUAGAUCGCUAGCUGUUCCCUGGAUGACCACAACAGGCAGCCAUCCACCCAGCCCAGUGAUGUAUGUCUCCCCCCAGGCCACAUAUCUUUCCAAGAUCAUCCCCAAUGCAAUACUGCCUCCUUCUGUGGAUGUGGUGGAGCUUAGCCGCAACAGAAGUCGCAGCAGUGUUCGUAUGGUGAGUAAAAGCAGCCUGGCCUCAGCCAGCCCAGCUUCCACACGGGCUUCUUCCCGGGCUUCCUCUCGGGCUUCCUCUCGGAUCUCUUCACGGGCCUCUUCCCGGAUGUCCUCCCGAGCUUCCACCCGUUGCACAGACUUCUCUGGCUGGAGCCGCUCUGGAUCUUCCGAGACACUGGUCUCUGACUCCUCCACCAUUUCCAGCAGUAGCACUCCUCGUGUGGCCAGCAGGACAAGCCAGGAGGAGGAUACAGAUGGACCUCCGAAGGCCAACAUCAAGAACUAUCCUGGUGCCCGAAAUUUGACCAUGCCAACUAAGCCUACUCAAGUGAAUGGUGACUCUUCAGAGGAGGACAGCUGUAAGAAGUCAGAGACUUUCAAUCGCAGCCUGUCUGUAGUGAAAAAGAGCAAGAACCCUCCACCUCCCCCAAAUCGUUCAUACUCCCUGCACAAGCGACGUCAUGGCAACCCUCAGAACAGCACCCCAACUGUUCAACCUAAAGGGUUCCACGCUUCUAGCACGGAUGGACAGAGAGCAGUACUAGCAGAGCUAGAGAUAAGGAAGAAGAACAUUCAAGCAACCAAGAUACUCCAUUCACACACCAAUGGGGGGGGUCACAUUCCCAAGGAUUCCCCAUAUUCUGUCAACAACAUAUGCUCUAAUGGUGGUGCUGUUUCCCCAGCUCUCAAGAGUCUCUUUGACAUUCCGGCUCCUCCUAAGGUACUAGCACCUCCACCUCCCCCUCCAGAGACGUGGGCACACAACCAGCACACCUUUGAACUCCUGUGUGGUCCUGGACCUGUCAACUUUGAGCGAUGGGCCCAAAAGCGAGGUCUGAAAUUUGAACCGCUGACCAAGAAGGCUCCAGCAAAAGUACCAGAUGCUGUUAGUGCAUCCUCAACAAUAGAGUCAACAGAGAUAAACAAUAAGUUGGUGUCCUCAGUUACAGAGAAAUCUGAACCACAUACAGAGAAAGUCCAGGGAAGUCUGUCAACAAACAGGAUGAAGGAUAACAGUUUAUCAGCUGUGGUUUCAGAGAUUCAGUCCAGGACUUCUAAGAUACCCACAGAUGUCCAGCCUCCUUAUGGUAAUGGACUAUCUGUGACCAGGCUUACUAAGAUCAAUUUGUCCCCUUCUCCUUCACCACCCCCUGAACAUCUUCCUCCCCUGCCCCCUAUAAACACAGUUAAACCCCCAAAAGAAGAUGUACCUUCCUCAAAAGCCCAGUUCAGGACACCGUUUGAUGAAAUCAUAUGUCCCCCUCCUCACCCUAUGUUCCCACCACCUCCACCUCCUCCUAUGAAUGUACCUGCUCCACAUCCUCCAGUUGGGAAGGAUGAAACAGACUUCCCUAACCCACCUUCACCAUUUUCCCCAAAGACGUUACAAAAUAUGCCUCCAUUACCACAGGAUGCACCACCAGCAGGAGAUAAAGCUCCCUCAACACUGAAGAUACCAUCUCCUCCACAAGAAAUCCCACCUCCUCCCCAUGUUCCCCCUCCUCCUCCCCAGGUUCCCCCUCCUCCUCCACAGGCUCACCCUCCUCCUCCACAGGCUCACCCUCCUCCUCCACAGGCACACCCACCUCCUCCACAGGCUCCCCCACAAGCUCCCCCACCUCCUCCACAAGCUCCUCCGCCUCCAUCACAAUCUUCCCCACAUCCUCCAAAGGCACCACCGCUACCUCCACAAGCUUCACUGCUUCCUCCACAGGCUCCUCCACCCCCUCCAUUGGAAGUAUCCUCAGCACAAGCUCAGAGCACCACACCACAGCAAGUUAAAGUUCCUCCACCGCCUCCAUUACCCACAGAUCUCAAAAAAGAGGUCAAACCAAUACCAAAUGACAAACAAGAGAAACCGCAGCCUCCCCCGACCACUAAUACUUCUGCAACCAAAGAAGAAACACCUACUCCUAUGGUCACACAGUCCUUGUUGCAGAUGGUUCGUCUCAGAUCAGUCAAGUCCAGCUCGAGCCAAGCUGAAGCUCCUAUUGUACGUCCAAAACCCAAGCAGCAGAACACAGCAGCCAAUCACGAGGCACCUCAAAAGCCAAUCAGAAGAUCUCUGAUUAUGAUGGCACCGCCUCCUGAAAUAGACUCACUAUCUUCUACAGAUGUAAAGGAUGACACAGAACACUCUACCAUCUCACAGGAAAACCAAGAGACUGCCUCUGCACCAAACUCCCAACCAAUAGCUGAACCAACAAAACAAUGCAGUAACACUGUUCAAGAUGCACCUCAAGUACCACCUGAACCAAAACCUUCUGCUGACCACAACAGCAUCACUGACCAAAAACCGCAAAAUGAGUCUGUGCCUGCUGGACUCAUAACCCAACUACCUUCCAACAAAGCAGAUCCUGGACCAAAAUCUGUGCAAGAAAGCCAAAAAGCAGCUCCUGAACCAUCGACUGAGUUAACCACUGAUCAACCAAAGGAUCAACCAGCCACCAAUGGCAUAAAGGCUAACACUCAUGACAAAGAAACCCACAAAGAAUCCAGUGAGUCUGAAGACAGACCGAGCACCACCUCGUCACAAUCACAGUUAGAGGUCACUCUGCCAAAGUCCCAAACAGUCUCUCCCAAAGUUUCACCAACCCGGAAGGUGCCUCCAGCGAGCGUUCCUUCUUCUUCCAUGCGCCUCCAGGAGGCCAUACGCCUGAAGACUGCUGCCAUGUCCUCUAAAGACAGCCAAGCCAAGCACUUCAGCCUGCUUUCUCCUCCGCCAUCAGCAGGGGGCAGCGGUGCCCUCCUGUCACCUUCGUCCACUGCAAACUUCAUCUUCUCCAAGAGCACAAAGAAGAUUGUCAUAGAAACACCCUCAUCCCCGGAGAGGCAGGUGGAUUUGAAGAAGACUCUGGUGUCCGAGUUGGUGUCUGUCUCUCAGACAACCAAACUGAGUGACUCGCUGAAUAAAAGUGUCAAGGUUCCCCCUCCUAUUGCUAAGAAACCCAGCAGUAGGGCUGAGAACACAGCCCAGAACUCUGCAGAGACUGAGACUAGUGCUGAAACUGAGCAUGUGCACACUGCUGGUCAGCAAGCACAGCCAGAGAAGUGACGGUGAGGGACGGUGCAGCCACACACUCUCUAUUGUGUCCACAAUGUUGAUGAGACCUGUCCGUGAUGGGAGCUGAGUGGCUGAAGCCACUUGGUGGAGCUCUACACUGAGAGGAGAGCUGGAAGAGGGACAAGACUGAGCUUCCAGUGAGGGGAAAAGUCAAGGAAUGUGAAAUGAAUGGUGUGAAAAAGAAAGUAAGGAGAGAGGAAAGCGAUGUAAAAGAAGGAAAGAAGGAUGCGGAGAGGAACGAGGACGAGUGCAUGAGAGAAAAGGAAUGAUAUGCUGUAGAUAAAGAGGCUGAGUUUGACUCCCUGAGUUUUCCAACCUUAAGUGUGUCAGAAUGUACCGGCUGCACCGUUUAAGGGGGAACAGGGAAGUGGAGAGAGCAGGUUGUUGUAGCUGGGAUGCUGACCGCAGUGCAGAGGCCUGGAGAGGAUGUUGUAAUCUAACAGUGUAAACCAGCUUUUGAGUUUCUGCAGAAAGGUGUUGGUACGUUUCUGUCUAGCUGAACCGAUUUAUUUUCGUUCUGUACAUAAUUUAAAACCACUGCCCAGAACUAAAGGUCUAUUGACUGGAUCUUUCUUUAUAUUCCUUCAUGUUUGAUUUUAAUAUAUGACGUCUCUUUUGUGCACUAUGAUCCUGUAUCUGGGGAAUCACUGAUUUAAUGCCAACGCUUCUAAUUUCUUUCAUCUCUGAUGUAUUAAAAAUCUUUAUAUGCCUAACUUAUUGUUUCUAAAGAGAAGUCCAGAGUGGACGCUGCAGACUGGUGAAGUGCUCUAAAACCUUAGUGACCAUAAGAUCUCCAAUAAUUGUGCUCGACGCUGUUUGCUCCUGCUUGUUCUUUCAGUUGUGAUUGAUGAUUUGAUUGAAUGCAGGUCUGGUUCAGUAAUUAAAUGCAUUUCUGUGUUUGUGAUGAGACCAAAAUAAUCAGAUGAACUGUACAGAUGAAAGAGAUCUAAUUAUGAAUGAGGUAAAUAAGCUCAGAAUCAGAGCCGAAUGUCGACCUGCUGGGUUUCUGUGUUCACAAGAACGUCUCUCCUGUUUUAAGGGCGCCUUAUAAUCGCCACUCCGUCAUAACAGGGACACUGGAUUAUAUCUGCUUUCAGACUGUAUAACAGCACAUUCUGCGGUCUUCAACAUUAAACAUGUACAUAUUAACCACA